AGGACAAUGUUACUUUGAAAAAUAACAAAAUGAGCGACCUUUUUGAUGAGUACCAUCGUCACGUUAAUAAAUUGUUAGAUAACAUUUUUGAGCAACUGAAUGCUUGUGAAAAGGAUUCGCAUGGUUCUCUACCUUCACGUAGGCAAAAUCUAGAACAGCUGAAGAAUACUAUCAAAUCCGCCGAAGAAACGGCCAGACAGCUAGAUCUAGAAGCUCACGCAUCUAACAAUGACAUCGCAGCAUCCCGCAUUAAUGAGGUCGCAACCAUCAAAACAAAGCUGAAAAAUGCAUCAAAUCGCACAAAUACACUGGAUAAUGAACUGCAACACGCAGAGCUUAUUGGCGGUGGGAUGGUGGAUCCAGGAAAUGACGGACAUUAUAGCCAACUGAGUGAAAAUGACAAACUCAUACAAAAGGGAUAUUCAUAUAUACAGACAUCAUGUGCAAUUGCACAGGAAACUGAAAUGAUCGGAUUAGGAGCAGAAGCGGAGUUAUACGAACAGCGCAAUGUACUCUACAGAGUACAAAAUGAUGUAACAAAUGUUAGAUUCUCUAUUAAAGAAGCGGAUGAAUAUCUAACACAACUCCUUAGACAAGGAAAACUCAACGCAUUUGUGCUGAGAGCAGUAUUUAUAGCCCUUGCAAUUGCGGGGUUAAUUAUCAUAGUAUCAAGAUUACUACGAAAGUGUCUGUAGACACGGAAA